UACUUUCUCCUUCACGUUAGUUGAAACAUUCACAUCAGAAAGAAGCCAUUUUAUGAAAUGCAACCAUUUUCAGGAACACAAACACAUUUUUAUUUUUUAGACAUCUGCGGUAAAGACACUAAUAAAGGUCUGAGGGAGGAAUUGAUCACUGAGAAGGAUUAAUUAUUAUUUGAAGCAAUAUAUUUUAUUUGGAUUUGGCAAUGGCAGACGAAUUGCGAUUAGUGUUAUUAGGAGGACAUCAGAGUGGGAAGAGUAAUGUGGCACACUCCUUUUUAAAUGUUAAACGUGAAUCUGAUCAAAUAACCACAGAGUGUGUGAAGAUGGAAGGAGACAUAAACGGCAGGAAAAUCAUUCUUGUGGACACCCCAGGCUGGUGGAAGUGUUAUCAGUUAUGUGACUCCACAGAGUGCCUGAAAGCAGAGCUUGUUAGGAGCACCAGUGUCUGUCCACCGGGACCUCAUGCUUUCCUGCUGGUGAUGGAGGUUGACCUUGAUUUCUCAGAGAAGCACGGGAAAGCAGCCGAGGGUCACAUGCAGUUCAUUAGUGAAGACGUCUGGGAUCAAACCAUUAUAGUCUUUACAAAACUCCAACAUUUGGGUGACAGAACUAUGGAGCAAUAUGUAGAAAUUGAAGGGGAAAACUUGCAAAAGCUUACUCAAAAAUGUGGAAACAGAUAUGUUGGUUUUGACACUGACCUGGAUCGAGAUGGUUCCCAGGCGAAAGAGCUAUUUAGGCAGAUAGAGAAACUUGUUGCUGAAAACAAUGGCCGUUCUUUUAAAGCUGAUGCAAAAAGACUGAAUGAUUUGGAGACUAAAAUAAAAAAUGUGGAAGAGAGAGCAGCUGCCAGAGCACAACAAGUUUUGGAGAAGAGAAGAAAACUGGAAGAAAUAAAAAGGAAUGCCGAAGCCGAGCAUGAUGGAUCACCUCUGAAUAUUGUGCUGCUGGGAUGGGUCCUGUCCGGCAAGACAUUGGCUUGCAAUCUCAUCUUGGGUGAUGACGUUUCAUUUGACAAAACUGUAAAGUGUGUCAGAACACGUGGAGAAGUGAAUGGAAGAAAUGUCACUGUAGUGGACACUCCAAGCUUUUGGAAAUUUCUUCCAUACCAACUGAACGCAGAUUCUGUGAACACUGAGAUAUUGAAGGCAAUGGAUCCUUGCCCUGAUGCAAUCCUCUUGCUUAUACCUUUAGACACGUCGUUUUCAGAAGAGCAGAUGGAAAUCAUAUUAGAAAACAUGAGACCACUUGGUGAGAAGGUUUGGAGGCAAACCAUGGUGCUCUUCACAUGUGGAGGAAAAUUGGGAAACAAACCUAUUGAGUACCACAUUGAAAGUGAAGGGGACGCCCUUGUGCGACUCGUGGAGAUGUGCGGGAACAGAUAUCAUGUGUUUGAGAGCAUGAGCAUGAGAGAAGAUCGCACCCAAGUAGAUCAGUUACUGGAGAAGAUUAAGGAAAUGAUAAGGGAAGGUGCUCUGCUGGAAAGUAAUGAUGAACAUCAGGGGAAGAACAAGAAGUCCCAAGAAAGAGAAACCCUAUCUGAGUGGCUUCGAGUUGAGGAUGUCAAAAAAUUACUUAAUGAAGAAUGGGAGAGAAGUAAUGCUAUGAUGAAAGAUAUGUUGAAAACAAUGAGCACACAGAAAUUUGUCAGAACAGGAAAAAGUUUAGAUGAACCUCUGGAUUUAAGAGGAGAAGGGAUAAAUACAGAAUUAUUUAUCAACAAACACCAGCUGAAAGAUGCAAUUGAGAGGGAAUGGAAUCGUCAGGAAGCAGUAGACAGUGCUAGGAUCCAGUAUAAACUAAAAUGCCUGAAUGCCAAUGCAGAGACAUCCUCAUGUGCUGAUGAAGAGGACAUAAAGAUGUCUUGCGCUAAAGUGAAUGAAUGGCAUCAGAAGAAUCAUUUCUCAGACUAUGGAAGUGUUUCCAGUUAUGAAGAACAUGACAAGACUGAACAGGAUAGAGACUAA